AGUUUGGUAAAAAUUCUCAUACAAGGAAGACAUAUACAUAGAUGAAAUUUUGCAGUUUGUUCCAAAGUGAAACUUAGUAGAAGGAAAAUAAGGAUAAGUUUAUGUUCGAGUUGCAAUGAAAGCAUUCUAUAGAAAUUUAAGUGUUAAUAUUUCUGCUGGAGCUUAAAUAAAACUUUAUUAUUAAACUUUCACUCACAACUUUUUAUUGCUUCACAGCAUUUAAUUGUUGGAAAAGAGAAUUUCCAAUUAAUAAAGUGCGCACGCGUAUGUUAUAUAACAGGCUCAUAAAAGGAAAAAUGUAUAAUUUUAUAAAGUGCUAGAAAAAAAAUUCAGUAAAAAUCGUGUGAUUAACUCAUGUGAUUAAUUGUUUGGCUUCAUUAAAUAAAAAAAAGACAACAACACACCACAUCGAGAAUUUGAUAAGCAAUAUCAAGUCUAAGAACAUUUAGGUAUUUGUAUCUGAUUCUAAUAUCAGCUAAAUCAGAAAGUUCAGACUAAAAAUAUAUUUAUCUGUUUUACUGAUACCAGAGUUCAAAGUAAAAAAAAAAUAAAGGAUGGCAGCGUUUGUAGCAAAACAAAUGGUCGGAAACAAGCUUAGCGCUGUGAAGGGAGCUGUUGGUGGUGAUGAGACGACAGAUGAAGACAAGGAGAAGGCAGAAGAAGAAGAACGAGAAAGACAAGAGGCCAUCCGCGAAGCAGAAGAACGUCGUAAAGAAAAACACCGCAAGAUGGAAGAGGAACGUGAAAAAAUGCGACAGGAAAUAAGAGAUAAAUAUAACAUAAAGAAGAAAGAAGAGGUCGUUGAACAACCACCGCAGGAAGAGCCCAACCCAUUAAUGAGAAAGAAAAAAACUCCUGAAGAACUGGCAGCCGAAGCAGAGCAAGAGGAUCUGGAUGACUUUACAAAAUUGAAAAAUUCAAUAGAAACACAAGUGAACGAAUUGAAAACACAAAUCGAAAGCAAAUGUGUUAUGCAGUGAUAUGUUAUAUAUUGUUAUUUCAUACUAAAAUGGUUUUAAAAAGGAGGAGGUAAAACAUGUUUAUGAUUUAUUGAAGAAAAAAAAAAUUAAAACGAAAAAAAAAAGAAGAGAAAUCACAAACAUAAUAUUGCAUUAAUGAAGUUAAUGAAUUACAUUUAUUAGAAAAUAAAAGUUGUGUAGGUUUAUAUAUAUCUAAAAUAAAUAUAAAUCUUAAAUUUUAAGAUUUCCUAAGCCAGUUGUCAAAAAAAAAGUUUUUAUUUUGUUUAAUACAUCUAAGGUUGGAAAAUCAUUGUACCAAACUUAAGUGACUUUGCGCAAUCCGAAGAACCGUAAUUAUAUGAAUGUACUUGAAUAUCAAGUAACUUACAAAUAUAGUAUAAACAUUCUUCAUAUAAUUGUUUGCGCCUAGUUUUUAAGCAGGUAUGAGAUAAUGAAGAAUUAUCUUUGCAAAACCUAAAAGAUAAUUCAUUACUUUAUAUUAAAAAGUCGUUUGCGUUAAAAGAGAUAACCAAGGAAAGUAAUUUUAGGAAAAUGGCUCUUGAGUAAUUUCAUAUUUUAAAAUAUGUUUGCGGAUAAUUUACCCUGAUGGAUUUUUCAUUGUACUCCAAAAGUUAUUGAAAUAGUAACAAAAGUUUGAUUUGAAUUUAUUCGUUUGGUACAAAAUGAUCUGGCAUCUUCUCUAGAAAUGCAUGGGCCUGCAUUCCAGCCUUCAAAUAAAAGAUACCUUAAUAAAUCGUUGAGACAUUCUUAGAAAAAAAACUUGUUGAUUAAUCAAUGAUUAUUGGAAAAUUUUACUAAAUUAUUGAUGAAGAAUUGAUCCAACUGCAAAGCAGACAUUUAAAAGAAAAAUCUAGCGAAAUUGACAGCUUAUAGCUGAAACAAGUUUUAUGAUGUACAACUUUAAAUUGAUAAAGUUUCUUUAAAACCAUUGGCGAAUUACAAAAAAAAAAAAUCAAGGACGUUAACUUAAAAGUUGAAAACAAAUUUGUCAACAGUAAAAAAUUGUUUCAGUAUAAUUCUGAUAGUAUAUGAGCUAUAAAAAGGUACACAAAAGUGCACUUUUGAAGCGAGAAGAGUUUCUGAUGCUGCACUUUCAUAAUAAAUUGUGAUAAAUUUUCAAGUUUUUAAAUGGUAUUUUUGUUACCAGAAAAGGAUUACUCCCGAAGCUCUAUAUAUCUAAAAGAAGAAAAAAGAAAGUAAAGGAAGAAAAAAGGUAUUCCUGAUCAUAAUUUCAGCCAACGACUCUUAACAUGCCAAUGCAAUAUUUUUAAGAAAAACGUUGUUUUUUCAACCCUUGUUAAUAUACACACGACUAUUAAAUUAUCCACUGUUCAGAAGAUUUAGUUAUUUACUAAAGACAUGAUCUAUGUCUAAGACAUGAGUAAAUGUGCCCAUAAAUUACCGAUCUAAAAUUUUUAUUUCAAAAGUUGACUCUUUAAAAAUUAUCUUUUUAAUUUUUUGGGCCCAAAUAAAAUUUUCUUCAAUAUUUACACCUUGGGCUUUUUCAUCCUUCGUUACUUUUCUCUUGCUGUUGUCAGUUACAUCAACGAAUUCUUACAAUAAGCAUACAGAAAAAUUAACAACUAAGAUUUCUAUAUUCUAAUAUGAAUAAAACUUUUCUCUAAUUUUCAUUCAUAACUCAAACUCAAUAUACAAUGCUUAUCGGUUUUACACGUAAAUCAGAAAUUCUGAAUUUGUGGCUUCUGUUUCGUAUAAUUUAGACGACAAUGAAAUCUCUUCCUAGCCGUCAUUUCUUUUUUUUUCUGUUCCAAAUAUUUUCGACUGUUAUAGCCUUAAUGCUUGAGCGAAAAAAGUAAACUUGAAAAAUCUUUAUGUAGAUCAGACUAUUAAUAUCACAUGAAUAUGUGAAUAUUUAGAUUUCCCAUUAAACUAAGGUCUGGCUGAACACUCUUACUAAUCAUAGGUAUGAAGAUCAUAUGGAAAAUGGAUAUAAUUCAUGUACAUAUUUCAACAACAGGAAUUUGCUCAAAAAUAUGCAUAAAUCUUUUUGUAUUACGUAUUUGCCUUUGAAUAUUUUUGAUUUUACAAGAUUUAGUUCAUGGAUUAAGGUUGUUCUUUAAAGUAUAAUACCAACACACACACUAAGCUUUUUCUAUGAUUCUGUAAUUUGAAUAGCCAUAAUUCAAAUAUUUAAUCUUUAAUCUCAACUUUAAUAGUUGGGAUUAGAUAAAAUUAUGUUGGAAUUCAUAAACGAUUAAAAAAUGAAGAUGUCUAAUAUUUUGGGAACUAGCAAGUUCCUACUGCAAGUAAAAUGAAAAUUUUCAAGCAAAUAUCUAUUUAAAAUUGUUUUCUCCUUGAUAAAGUAUGUAUAAGCCAUAGAAGCAAAAAAAAUAUGAGCAAUAUUAAUUCCUAUGGGUUGAUGUUUAUUAUUUUUCUUAUUGUUCGAUAUGUUAAAUAACUUUUUCUUACGAAAAAGAAAAAAAAUUAAACAGAACAGCUAUACCUCACAAAAUUCCCAGUUUUACAGCUGCUUUGUGUACGUUUUUCUUUUUUUCAUAAUGAAUGGGAAAAAACUUCCAUUUUUGCCCUGUUUCGUAAUAUUUGAAAAUAUUUAAUUAUUCAACAUUAUUUGCAAAAUGAGAGUAUUAUUAAAUGGUAUAGUAAAAAGUUAUUUUGGGAUGCAUCAACUUUCAGUGGCAAAAUCAGUAGCGUUUGUUGAAUUUAAAGUUUUACAAAAAUUUUCAUUAGUCAUUCCAAACAUUAAGGCCUUGAAUGAAUUCAUUCAAAAAAUCAUUUUCAAAAGAUCAAAUAUUUUGCUAGGUAGAGAUGAAGCAACAUACAAAUAUAAAGUUUAAAAAUCCCUUAACAUCUCCUUUCAAUAAACUUUUGAAAAUUGAUCUUUCAGCCUUGUUGAAGAAUUCCUUAGGAAGAAGAAUUUUGAGAGACUCCGAUAAAUAUUUUCAAACUCAAUUGACGUCAGUAGUAGUUUUGCUUUAUUUUCAGACUAAAAAAUUAGAUCAUAACAAGAAUCAAAAUCUGGCAAUAGCAAUAGAACAGAUUGUUUGCUCUAUGUUCACUUAUAUUUUUUUCUGGUUAUAAGCUUUCAAACAACUUACAUAUUUAGCUUAUUUGAAGUAACUACCUAGUAUUUAAGAGAUUUUGAAAAAAUUAAAGAAAAAUCAAUGGGCUAAUGUUUGGUUUGAGGUUAUUUUUAAGCUAUUAAACAUGUAGUCUAAUCUUAAGAUAACAAGCCCCUUUAGAAUCUUUAGGUGAUGCUGAAUUAGGUAAAAAAUCCAUAAAAUUUGACAAAAAAAAACAUUAUGUUGAAGAUUUAUUGACGCUGAAGAAAUUGAAAUUUAUUGAUGAAAAUGUUGUUGAAUUUCUAAAGUAAAAAAAAAAUAUAAGACGAAAAAAAGGCAAAAAAAUAUAAUGUUGUUAAUAAUCGUUAUUCAACCGAAUUGAAAUAAACUUAAAAAAAUUACUGUCAUUAUUGAUUGGAAAGUAAUAAAAAAGCAUUAUUAUAACUCUUGACUUGCAUAAGUAUUUAACUAUUGUGGUUGAAUUAAAUCAACAGGAUGUGGGUAAAAUGUAGUUAUUUAUGCCUAGUUUUCAUAUAGCUUCAACAUCUAAAUUCUAAGCGACCUUUUUCUCAACAUUUCAAUGUUCAUCAAUAUGAAGGUUUGCUGAUUUUUCUCUCAAAGAACGACAAAAAAACAAUACAAAAAAAAAUAUAAUUAUCUCGAACAGCAUAAAACAUGAUUGCUACUUAAUGUAACUGGCUAUUUUCUCCUCUGUAACACACAAAACUUUAUUAUUCUCUCAAUCUCUUUAUUAAAAAAAUACACAUUUGCUAUAACAAAGAGAUAUAAAUGAAAGAAGAAAAAUACAAAAGGAAAUAGAAAAAGUACUUAAAACUUUAUCUAAGUAACAAUAUUUUAAUCAGUGAUUGACACAUAAAUGUUCUUAGUGCAGUAGUUUAUUUAGAACUUUCCCUUUCCAUCUAUGCCUUUUUGGGUUACAAUCAAUCUUUCUUAUUCGGAAAUUAAAGUUUUUAUUAAAUUUGAUUUUUACUUGAUGCACUAAGGACAUGUUUUGAGCUUUUCAUUGUCUCUUCUUUAAUCUCUGUAUUUUUUCUCUAUCUCUUUCUCUUUAAAUCUGUGUUUAUUUGUUUACUUGUGACUUUUAUUAAUUUCUUCAAAUUGCUUUAGGAAACUUCAAAAAGCUAAUUACACAAGGAACUCAAUUUCUGAUAUCACUUGAUUUUGUUGUCUUAUUAUCUAAAAUUUAAAAGUUUUAAUGAUCACUUCUGGCUUUGAAUCUCAAAAUGUACGGAAUGCUAUAUAUAUAAUCAUAAUAUCUCAUUAUAUCUUCAAAUUAAUAUCUAAUACUCUAUUUAACACACAUAACUUUUAUCUUAACAUCAGUUAAUGAAUUAGAGCUACUAAAAAUAAAGUUAUAUAAUUUACAUAAAAUUUUCAUUGAAGCAUCUAAUCAUAAUACUUCAAAUAUCAAAACUGUAAAACACCACAAUUGAUCGUUUUCAUUUUUCAAAACAAUUUGGCAUAAAACGUAAUACACAUCUAUUCAAUUAACAUAUCGACAUGAAAGGAAUUUUUUUAAUUCAUUAAUUAGACAUAUUUAACUAGACUACAAGAAUAAUCUUUUCAACAUUAUCAAUUCAAAUACUUUUUUAUAACUGUCCAUUCAAACUUAAGUGGAUAAAUUUCCGGAGUAUUCCAUGUCAAACUCUAUGAAAAAAGCGAUCCGUUUUGGUUUUAUAAGUUUUGAUUUGUGAAACAUAUAUUUCCAUAUAAUCAUUAAUACUGUUUAAUAUUUUAUUUUAUAUUUCUAUUGUCAGUAUAGCAUAGUUUCAUUAACUCGUAAUAACUGCAUCUGACUUUUAUCAUUUCUAUUUAACCCUGUUAUUGCAAUAACACAAACUUUUUGAUUUACUCAACAAAGUAUCAUUUCCAAAUGCUUUGUGAACAUUCUAUUGAUUUUCUCAUUAAACAUUAUGUCCCUUAUUUUCAAGUGAAAUUUUAACGAUAAGCAGUAGCUUACUAAAGAAGUUUCAUAACUAUCGAAAACUCUUAGUGAUCAAAUAAAGAUAUACAUAUUGAUCCAUGAUCCACUUGCCGAAAAAGAUUAAAUGAAUCAAAACAGUAUUACAGUUUAAAUUUCUUUUUCAUUUAUUUUACUCUUCUUACAUAAAUUAUAGCAUCAUUGAAUAUAACUAAUACUUUUUUUUGUUAAACAUAUUUACAUGCUCUAAACUCUAUGACUUUGCAUUGAUGUUUAUAUUUUUGUUAAAUUGCACUACAUGAAAUGUAUGUCUCUAGCAUAAAUUUAUGGUAUUUAUCAAUGUUGUAUCUCUAUAUUCAAUCUAUGAAAAACAUCAGUGUAUUUAAAAGAAAAUGAAACAUAACAUGUUAAUGAGAUCUAGAAACAAUAAACAAUAAUUGUAAAACAUCUAAUUUGUGAACAAACAAAAACAUAAUAAAGAUAAUGGUAAGAAAUGUUGAAA